CUUGAUUUAACAGGUAAAAUUAUGAAUGUACAAAAAUUUCAUUCAGAUUUUGAAAAAGCAGCUCAUAAUGCAGUUAUUAAUACAUUCCCAGGUUGUCAAUUGAUGUGUUGUCAGUUUCAUUUAUCGCAAUGUUGGUUUAGACAAAUCCAAAAAAAUAAAAUAUUGUUAAGAGAAUAUGGUACCAAUUCCGAACUUGGUGUUUGGCUUAAAUAUUUUUUUGGAUUACCAUAUUUACCACCCAACGAAGUAGGCGAUGGUUUUAUUGAACUUAUGUCAAUUGCUCCAAAAACUCAAAAUAGCAUUGAAUUUACAGAUUAUAUACUUGAUACAUAUAUUACAGAGGAUGCUAUUUUUCCUCCUUAUUUAUGGGCAAGGAAACCUGAAAAUGAUCCAAACACAACAAAUGGAGCCGAAUCAUUUCAUGCACAUUAUAAUUCUCAAUUUUAUUCAUCGCAUCCAAAUGUAUAUCAAGUAAUUAAUGUGUUACAACAAAUUCAAGUAGAAACUAACACAAAAUGUAAUGCUAUAAAUAAAAAUAUUUACAAUAUUCGACGAAAAGUCAUAUAA